ACUAUAGAUAACUCGAACAUUCUGUGCUCCGAAUAUGACGGAUAAUGACAGAUAAUUUUAUAAACAUUUGUCUAAUCGGCUUGUCCGUUCCGAUAAUUUUAUCUAAUCGCGUUUAUUGUGUUUAUUAUCGUAUGUAUUAACUGACCUUGGCACGUAACAGUAUUUUUAAUUUGUAUCGGUAUUGCCAGUUGCGAUCGAUCGAUUACGCGUGUGCGGUGUCUGUGUACGGUUGUGAAUGUAAAAAUGCCUCGUAAUUUAAAAACUCUUACUAUUGGAGAAAAAAAAAAGGUUCUUGAAGCAGUGAAAAGUGGAAGGAAGAAGAAGGACAUCGCUGAAGAAUUUGGAAUACCAGCCAGUACACUAUCAACCAUAAUAAAAAAUAGUAAGGAAAUCGAUUUAAACUUUCCAAUAGACCGGAAGAGGAAGAGAGGCCCUGAUUUUUCAGACGUAGAAGAAUGUGUAGUUAAGUGGUUCAAGCAAUGCAGAGAUGCCAAUGUCAGUACCGGAGGUCCUAUUUUAAAGGAAAAAGCAGAAAAUUUCGCAAAAUCAUUAGGCCACGAACAAUUUAAGGCCAGUAACGGGUGGCUUGAAAAUUUUAAAAAACGACACGAUAUUUCUUUUCGGAAAGUCUGUGGUGAAAGUGCAGGUGUCAGUGAUAAUGUUGUAAAUGAAUGGAAAAUAAAUUUGAGUGAGCUACUGGAAGGAUAUAAACCAUGUGAUAUAUUUAAUGCAGAUGAAACUGCACUUUUUUACAAAUGUAUGCCAGAUAAAACUUUAACAUUCAAAAAUGAGAAAUGCAGUGGUGGUAAACAUAGCAAAGAACGACUUACACUAUUAUUGGCUGUUAACAUGACUGGUACAGAUAAAUUGAAACCUUUAAUAAUUGGAAAAUCGAAAAACCCGAGGUGUUUUGCUGGUGUCAAAUCUUUUCCUGUUGACUACACAGCAAAUAAGAAAGCAUGGAUGACUAGUGAAUUGUUUGCUGAAUGGCUAUUACGAAUAGACAAACAGAUGAAAAUACAAAAACGUAAAAUUUUAUUGUUUAUAGACAAUUGCCCGGCUCACAAUAUUAUACCGAAUUGUCAAGCUAUAAAAACGCAUUAUAGAAAAGAAAUAGUGAGGAAAAUUAUAAGUGAUAUGGAUGACGAAAAAUCUACAGUAAUCGAUAUUCUUCAAGCUAUGCGCAUUGUUGAUAAGACAUGGAGAAACGUAGCAACGUCAACAAUCGUGAACUGCUUUAGAACGUGUGGAUUUGUACUUGAAUCUGAGAAAGACGACACAUUGAUGCCUAUAAUCGAAAAUACUGAUACGGAUGACAGAGAAUGGGCGAUGAUAGCAAGUCGUUAUAGAAUCGUGGAAGAAACGUUUGACGAUUUUGUUAAAAUCGACCAUGACGUUGCCGUUUCUGGUAUUCUGACAGACGACGAUAUAACUGACUCCGUCCGUGGCACUGAAGAUGUUGAUGAUAUCGAAGAAGCAUCAUCUGAGCCUGUGCAUCGUGUUUCAAUGAAGCAAGCAACAGCAGCCCUCAUAUUGCUAAGGACAUUCACCGAACAAUUGAGUAAUGUGGACGAUAAAGUGUACUCUGCUUUAAAUGUAAUAGAAAAUACAAUUGAUAAUAGUAAAUCUCAAAAUUUAAGUCAAAGUAUUAGUAUUUUAAGCAAUUGA